CAGAAUACACGUGCAACAUAUAAACAAUUAAAAAUUUUGCCUGUUAUUUUUGUUUAUUAAAAUUAUGACAAAAUUUAUAACAUAUUUCAAUUUGUGCCCCAUACCAGAGCCCAAGGAGUUUCUGGGUAUAUCACCAGAUAAAGAUGAUGGCAAUAUUAUAACCACAUUGGGCAAGAAUAUCAUCAUAAUCAUAAAGAUUUCCACACAAAAACAGAUACGUAGUUGGUCUGUGCUUGAGAAACUUUCCUGCAAAGUUGUUUUCGAUAAAAAGUCGGCUAAAUAUGUGGGAGUUUUUGGCAAUAAAUCGCUUAGGUGUUGGGAUGCAACCACAUCGGAUGUAAAUAAAUGCAAGAAAUUAAAGUUUCAAAAACAUAUAGCCGACUUGGUUAGCAGCGGCGAUGAAACGCUAGUACUAUAUAGCGAUGGUUCGUGUGAGUUGCUGGCUUCGGCCAUUGAAUCUCGCAAGGAGGAUGUAAAUACUAGCAACCCCCAAAUAUUGGAAUUGUCCUCUAGCUUAGUUUUCUCCAAUCCCAGUGUACAUGUUAUGGCCAAUGGCAAUCGUCUGUUGACGUACUUUGAACGUAAUGCCAACAAUGGAGAUUAUCAUUUGAUACGUUUACCUUUGAAGUCAGAAGGACGUGGUAUGGUCGAGGCACCCAAACGUUUUAGAUUGGCAAGGGAUAACUUAAAUGUAAAUGUGGCCGGAGCAGCUGUUAUUGAAGGUGAAGGAGUGCCUAUGUUGUUAACCAUAUGGUCUGACAAACGUAUGUUUAUUCUAAGCCUAGGUGAUGAUGUUUCCCCUGAGCGUUCUCCCGGAAAUUUUGUAUCCUUGUUGACCCAACUUAAAGCUGACAAUCCUCUUUCUGUCAUGGGUAUAUCCAAGCAUUUUGUUGCCAUCUAUGGUGCCAACCAUGGACAAGAAGGGGCAUCUUUACUGCUCUACAAUACCCAAUACAAGGUGAUAAAAACCAAACAAUUCUUUAAAGUUUUCUUCAAAUUCUCCAACCUUUGGUCUGUAAGAGAUCAUAUUGUCGUGGCAAUGGGACAAAACCUUUCGGUGGUCAAGUAUAGAGUCCUUAAGGAGGUGUUGUCGGAAUUGGUGGGAACUCAAGUUUCUCAUGAUUAUCAAACAGCCAACGAAAUGGAUUACAUAAACGAGGAGGAUGUUAUGGAAGAAUGUUUGCAAUACUCUGCCGAAAUUCAGACAUAUUACAAUGAAAACAAAGACCAGGAUAAAAUGUCUAAGUUUAACGAAGCAGAUGGUUUUGCAAUACCCUUUAAGGGUCCUGAAGAUUUCGAUACUGAGUUGAAUGCUUUAAGGCAACUAAAUUUGCAUGCUGAUGUUGUUCAAGAUGAUGCAGCUGAAGCUGUACAAAUCACCCUGAUGUCGAAUUUUUAUGAUGAAGGCUUUUCAUGUUUGGAUAUACAAAUGAUUGCUCAACAUUUGGAACGACUUGAAGCCAGCGAGCAUGAGAUUUCGGAAAAGCUUUUAACCAUGCUUGUGAGGGGAAAUCUUUUAGAAGAUAUUGGUGUUUGCCUAAGGCGUUACACAAAUAUUUCGGAAAAAAUGCUAUCCAAAGUAUUGAAUUUCAUAUUAAAGAAAUAUGUAAAAGAGUAUAAAACAAAUGCCAGGUGUGCCAGUGAACAAAUGGAUGUGGAAGAUAAUAGCGAUGCCGAAGUGGAGAAAACAACAAAGUCAAGCGAAACUAGGAAUGUUUUAAAUGUUCUGCUGGCCUGCUCAUUUGACUCAGAGACCUUGGAAUUGUACAUAAGACAAGAUGUGGAAUAUAACGAAGUUGUGCUUUUAUUGCAUCAUUUGUAUGAGAUGCUGACAACCGAUGCAGAAUUAGAGGAACGGCCAUCCCUAUAUGAUACCAGCACUGAGUUUGAAUUGCAAUUGUUUCGCUGGUUUGGCGUUUUGCUUAAUUCACAUUUCCAAAAAUUGGCCCUCUCCAAGGAAGUCGCCUUAAUUGAGCUGCUCUUCAAGUGGCAUGAAUUGUUUCAAAGUUAUAAACGCGAAAUCGUUGAACUACAAAGUGUGGCUGCUUUGUUGUACAAUGUAGUGGAAAGGAAACCAACGCUGAAGGACAAAAGCUCCUCGAAAUGGUAUUCCAUAGAAGAGGUAUAUUUAUUUUGAGAAUUGUUUUCUCUGAGUUUUUCCCAUUUAGUUAUUAGCAAUUAGAAAAUUAUUUUGUAAAAAUAAAAAAAAAGUUUCACCAAAAAUCAUUGAGACAA